AUGGACGGCGCUGCACCGCGUUCGUCGUCGCGACCGAGGCCGUCGUCUCGCCCCACGACGCCCUUGCGACCCAGCUCGCGCUCGUCGCUCCGAGAAGCCCACGGCUACGGUCACAGCAUCAGCAAUGCCGGAUACAAUCAACCCGCCAUCAACGCUCUGGAGCCGCAGUUCGCGGAGCUCGCAGACUCCAUGGCCGACCUCGAGGCCAAUUUCAUGCACCUGCAGCUGAUGCACGAGAGUUUGACGCGAUUCAGCGAGAGUUUCGCUAGUUUUCUGUACGGCUUGAAUAUGAACGCGUUCUGCGUCGAUUUCCCAGAGGCCCCGAUCGCCGAUUCGUUCAAGAGAGCCAAGUACGCAGAGGCCCAGAAAGAAGCAGAGAUGGAACCGUCCCGGCCGGCAGACGAUGGCGAAAUGACAUUCCUGACCACCGAUACCUCCUUUGUCGAGCACCCUCCCAGCACCGUUUCCUCCAAACCGACAUCGAAAUACUCAGCACCCACACGGGGAACUACUCGAGGGACCACGCGAGGCUCAGCAACGAGCCGGUACGCAACACGAGGGGCACGGGGUGCUCGACCGAGUGCGCUGCCUCGGGGACGUGGCAUGCAUUGA